AUGUUACGCUGGCUCGCAGACAACCGGUCUGGAGACUGGGAGCAGGGGAACGGGCUCGACAAGCACAUCUCCGGCGAGCAGCAAGCCGAAGUCGCAGGCAAGAUUAGCAGCAAGCGCUGGCAGCUUGACACGCCUGUUUCUUGGACCAGGCCUGUCUCUCACAGCUUCAGCAGCCAGCACAGCACGAGCGAGCCCGUUGUCCGGAACGCCCAACUGCUCAAGUCGACGGUGGCUCUCAAACGCUCACAGGGCGUCUCCGCGAGGGUACUACGUCCCGCCGCACGGAAGACGAGAAACGCUGCCUCCACCGACUGCUUGCGAAGCUACCAUCACGACCAGUCCCGCAGCCGGAGCGCCAUCGAUCUCGACGCCGGGCGGAUGGAAGAUUACCGUUGA